AGGUCAAAAGAUACAGUAUUCUAAUCUCUUCAGAAAUGUCUAACAAGAUAAAUCUUAUGAAGUGGAACAAAGCUUGUGAUGGGCCACUCACUGAUGAAAAUAUGAGAAAAAAAUUGCAAGCCUUGGGAUACAAAUCCACAAAGUACAACUUCACUCCUGGCACAGACUUUCCAGAUCACACCCAUAACAUGACCAAAAUGGACGCUAUCACGAAAGGAAAAUUUAUGUUGUCAAUGCGUGGUCAGACAAUUACUUUGGAGCCUGGAGAUAUUAUAGAAGUUCCAAAACAUGUGGUACACAAUGCUCAUGUUGUUGGUUCUGAAGAUGUGACAUUUUUUGAUUCUGUUCAAUAGUAUGAAAGGAAAUAAAUUACAUUUCAGUGAAGCAAGAAUUUAAGAUCUGCAUCAACUAGACCUUGUGAUUUUUUCAAGAUUAUCUUCAAUACUUCAAAGUGUGAAGUAACAUUAACACAAGAUUCUUUUAGGAAGACUGAUGUAGAACUUUAAUUUCUAUAUAGUCUCUCUUAAGUACUGGUACAAAAAUAUGCUAUGGGUGAUCAUUAAGAACUCAAGUGUGACCUUAUCCCUUGGGGCCUAAAUAUAUGUAAUUUAAACCUUUGACUUUGAUGCCAAAACAUUGACCAGAAGCAUUUGGCCUUGAGCCAAAAAAGCACAUAUUUGGCACUUUUGUGGUGGAAGAUGAUGCAUGACUUAAGAUAGCCUAAAUAUCCUAAUAUUGCUUAAUCAUAAGAUCUGC